AUGAAUGAACCGCGUGUUGCAAGUUUGAUUCCCGCGCUGAAUUAUAAUUUGAUUAUGUCAUUACCGGAUGGUAUUGAGUCAUGUGAUGAUUUGUUAAGACUUGAUGGCAAGCAAGCAAGAAGACUUGCCAGAAGAAAUGGUGUCAAAGAAGAAGAGUCUAAUUGGUACUGGGAUCCAUCCCCCCAGUCUUCGAACCCUCUUGAACGAGAUGCCGAUAACCACUACAAAAUACAAAUUCGAGCGCUACAAGAUGAAUUAUCCACCUUGAAAGAAAGAGACACUGUUGAUUUAAGACCCGACGAGGAGCUAAGGAGGUUAAGGGAAGAAAACAAAAAUCUAACGUCAAAUUUGGAAGAUUUGGACAGUCAGCACCAACUAGCUAUGGAAAAGCUACUAACAUUAAAGAAAGAAUUACAAAAUAAUUUUGAGAGUCUAAAACAAGAGCAUGAAGAUCUUAAAAAUACAAACGAUGAGUAUUCUAACGAAGUCAAAAAAUUACUAGCGAAAAUUGGGGAGAGGGAUAGAGAAUUAGAAAAUCUUAAAGCAACAAGGUCUGAUCACGAAACUUUGUUACAUAAAUAUCAAAAUUUAGAAAGAAUCCACGGUUUGCUCAGAGAGAACGCUGAAAAGUUUCAAGAAGAGAAUCAAGAGUUACAUGAAGAAGUGUUCAAGCUGCAAGAGAAGGUGACAAAACUAGAACACGAUAUAGAAGUUGUAAACAAACCAUCUGAAACAUCUGAUAUGGUUCCUAGGCAGACCUACGACGAUCUUUUAAAAGAAAUCAAUCAUCUGAAAGACAGACGAAAUUCAAAUCAAAUUCACUUAGACGAAGUCAAUAUUGACGACAAUGCUAAAAGUGUGAUUGACUCUCUUAGGCGAGAAAUCACUGAGCUCAAACAUAAAUUAUCUCAAAAAGAUAGUCAAGAAUGCAAUGAAAAUAAAACCAUAAGACCAGAAAAAGUAAUGCAAUUAUACAACAAAUAUGUAAACUUUGAACUCCCUAUCGAUUAUGUGGGUGAGAUACCUUCAGCUGGAGAUAAUAUAAUUCUGUUUAAAUUAGAAAGUGUAUUUAAAACUGUACAUUCCUUCAAAAAAGAAAUAGACGUUUUAGAACAUAAGUUAUCAGAAAAAAGUCUUAAUGUUAAUCACUUACAAGCUCAAAUAGAUGACCUUACGACUGAAAAUGAUUUCUUAACAACUGAUAUUCGGCACGUAGAGAGAGAACUAAGUGAAAUGAAGAAAAAUAACGAUUUCUUGAUAUCUGAAAUAGCAGCCUUAAAAAAUACAUCCAAAUUAGAGCCAAUCAUAGAAACACACGAAGAGAAUAACUUAGUCAAGUUGGAAACAGAACUAGCAGAUUGCAAUAAAUUAAAUAAAAACUUUGAAUCUGAAAUACAAAGGAUAGAAAAAGAAUUAGAAGAGGUUAGAACCGAGAAAAUAUCACUGAAAGAAAGUUUGAAUGAUUUGAGGCAUAAAUAUACAACCAUGUUAAGUGAAUUUGAAAUGUGUAAAAAUCAAACAAAAGAAGUUGAAGAACUGGAAAAUAGUGCUAAAGACAAGGAAUCUGAGAUGUUAAAAAAAUCUAUUAAUGAAGUUGAUGAUCUCAAGAAACAUGUUCAGUCAGCAAAUGCUAAAAACGAACAGCUUUCUAUAGAUAAACAUGUACUGGAAAACGACAAGGAAUUGCUUAAAAAACAGGUAGCUGAUCUAAAACACAGUUUAGAAGAAAAAUCGGUUGCGUAUAAAGAACUCGAAAGCCUUAAAUCAUCUUUGGAAGAGAAAGUAUAUGAUUUUGAAAGCCAAGUAGACGGAAUUCUACACCAUGAGAGGGAUGUCAAUAAUACCAGAGCACUUUUAGAAGAAAAAGUGGCAUUGUUAGAGAGAGAAUUGAUAUCACUUAACAAUACAAGUAAAAUGCCUGAACUAGAAAUAAUAGUUACAGAGAAAAACCUGCUCGCUGUACAAAACUCGACCCUUUAUGAAGAAAUUGCUCAGCUUAAAAAACAAAUUAAAAACUUAAAACGUAAUCAUCAAGCUCUUUCGAAAGAGAACAGUGAAUUAAAAAGUAACAACGAAGAAGAAAUAAAGUCAUAUCAACACACCAUCGAACAAUUGAAUACAAAAGUAAUUGAACAAGAUGUAUUAAGUAAGGAAAUCAUUCGUUUAAAAGCCGAAAAUCAACAGAUUCUUGACAGAAAAGUGCAGCUUGAAGCAGAAUUAUCAGCCACUGAUUAUAAAAUUGUAAAUUUAGAGCAGGAAUUCGAAAAAUUGGUAGCCGAUCUCAAUGAAAAAGAUACGCUGAUCGAUGGUCUUAAUUCGAGCCUAACCAAAAAUCAAGCUACAUUAUCUAACACAAAUCAAAUAGUAAUUGAUUUAGAAAACAGUCUUGCAGUUAAAAAUGAAGAACUUAAUCGUAUUAGUACAGCGUUACAAGAUGCUUCACAUAAAUUAAAUGACAGUGCAUCCAUAUCUAAUGUUAGUCAAGAGGAGCUGAAGAAAUUACAGAAUGAAAAAGAGGAAGAUAGUAAAAGAAUAACUUCACUAAAUGAUGAAAUCCAAGCAAAAAAUACUCAAAUCUCGACAUUGUCAUUGCGUCUUGAGGAAUUAGAAAAUGAUUGUUCAAAAAACCAGACUGCGGUAGAUAAUAAAGACAAAGAAAUAAAAGAACUACGUCAAUCAAUAGUAGAAUUAACAGAUAAAGUGAAUACUAAAGAGAAUAUAACACAAGAAGAUUACGCUAAAAUGGCUCAAGAAAGAGAGAUGCUAAUAGCCCAACUAUCGGAGUACAGAGAUGCUCUUUUCUUGAAAGAAAGAUCUUUAGAGGAAUUCAAAGAAAAGCAUGAACAGUUAGAGCAGAUGAAAAAUGAAUUUAAGACUCUUGUAGAUAAGGCGACUACUGAAAAAUCAGAAUUAAUAAACUUGAUAAAUUUAAAACACAAUGAAAGUUUACAAUACCACAACGAAAUACAGAGAUUAAACGGUGUUAUUUUGGAACAACGCGAUGAGUUUAAAAAAAUAAUUGAAGACAAAGAUAAACAUAUACAAAAUUCUACGGAAAGUUGCGUAAAUUGCGAUAACCUAAAGGUGACACUUAAAGAGAAAGAUGAAAUAAUAAUCACUUUAAACCUUAAAGCGAGCGAGUAUGACAAAAUGAAAGCGGAGUUGGCGAGCACUGGCGAAGCUGCAGCACACUUGAAGGAGAGAUGUGAGAAUCUAGACAAAAGCUUAGCAAUACAGCUGGAAGCAGUGAGAACAUUGACGACACAAAAUGCACAGUUGUCAGAACAAGGACAAAAUGCAGAGAAAGAGUUGGAAAGAUUACGACGCCAUCUCGUGGAAACAGAGGAGAAUUAUACACAAGAGUUGAUGGCCUCAGAACAGAAGCUGACCGAGUGUCAGUCGAGGUUACACCAGGUUGAAGAGAGAGCUAAGCAGACAAGUACCGUGUACACCAGCAACAGCAUCCGCGCGAACCAAGAAGUGGAAACACUUCGCAAUCAAAUCAAGCUGUUAGAGAAACAACGUGACGAGGUCCAAGCUCGGCUAAGCGAAGCAGAAGACGCGAAAAACAGAAGCGAAGCAGCGCUUACAAACUUGCAAGUGGUGCUUGAACAGUUCCAACUAGACAAAGAACGCGACAUACACUCAGCUACUGAAAAAAUCAGAAACAGAAUGGAGGACCUUAAAUAUCAGAAUAACGAACUGCACAAAGAGAUUGAGGCACUGAACAGGAAACUUGAGGAAGCAUUAGCUGGUUUGCAAGCAGCUACCAGACUUGGAGAUCAAGUCGAGACAAAGACGGCUCAGAUCAAUGAUUUGAAAGACCAAGUGAAAACCUUACAAACAUCAGUCGCGGCGGCGGAAGAACGGUAUUACAACGCGAUAUCCAACCAGCAGGACAAGGUUGACAAGAAUCUUGUUAAAAACCUCGUCAUCAACUAUGUGCUGAACUCUGCUGGUAGCCACAUCAACAAAACUCAAGUCCUACGGGUCCUAUCAACAGUUCUAGACUUCAACCAGCAAGAAUGUGAGCGACUGGGGCUGGUCCGAUCGGUGAAUACCUCAGACAGUUUAGCGGCGGAAUUUGUCAAGUUUUUACAGAACGAGUCUCGACCACGGGCCCCUUUACCGAACAUGAUGACCCUGGGCCAAGGCAGUAGUAGUCGAAGUGCCACUCCUAGCUCCAGAAAAAAUUCUACCAUAGGUCAACAUCCAAACUUCCAACCAACAGUAACAGGCCAUAGUCGCAACCCAUCAACUGGUUCCAACAACCUAUUAUUCACCAGCAUCGACACCAUGGACACCGCAUCACAAAGAUCUCGUGACUCGGACAGAACGGAACCCAAAGUUCUCUCCCCCAGCUUAGACACAGGCGUCAAUCAGACGAGGAAUACAGAAGGAGCCAUAUUAAAAUCUGUACUCAAAGAUAUGUGA